AUGGCAAUAUCAUUCUCCAAUCUUAGUACAUUUUUCUUCCUGCUAGUAAUCACUGAAUUCUUGAACACCAAUAUGAGUACAACUCUAGCCAGCAGGCAAAGACGAGAUACUAAUUCACUAGUUCUUGGCCUAAGACACUCUAGGGAAACCCUUCCAACCCCGACAGCAAAUUCCGGUGCCAAAGAUCAUUCAAGAACCACCGCUUCGUCGACAAAGGGACAAUCAGAAGCGUCCUUCGCCGUGAUGGAGCCACUGCGGGCAGUCCGAGAUGGCUACAUUAUACCCCUAUAUUUAGGCACACCCCCACAAGUCAUUCAAGUGUACAUGGACACGGGGAGUGAUCUCACUUGGGUUCCUUGUGGGAAUAACCUCUCCUUCAGUUGCUUAGAUUGCGACGAUUAUCGAAGCAACAAGUUAUUAGGCGCUGCCGCCAUUUUCUCUCCUUCCCAUUCUUUGUCCGCACUUAGAGACCUCUGUAGUAGCUCAUUUUGCAUUGACAUCCAUAGCUCAGACAACUACAUUGACCCUUGUGCAAUGGCAGGCUGCUCAUUGAGUAUCCUCAUGAAAUCCUCAUGUUCUAUGCCCUGCCCUUCUUUUGCCUACACUUAUGGUGCAGGUGGAGUAGUCACAGGAAUGCUAACUAGGGAUACCCUUAGGGCUCAUGAAAAUGUAUUUAGCCCUAAUCUUUCAAGGGAAAUCCAAAAUUUCUCAUUUGGGUGUGUCGGGUCAACUUACAAAGAGCCUAUCGGGAUCGCGGGGUUCGGUAGGGGAGCGCUUUCCCUCCCAUCUCAAUUGGGGUUUCUCCACAAGGGAUUCUCCCACUGUUUCUUGCCCUUCAAGUUUGCAAACAACCCUAACAUUUCAAGCCCUCUAGUCAUAGGAGAUUCAACUGUUUCUUCUGACCGUGAAGGCAAUUUUCAAUUCACUCCAAUGUUGAAGAGCCCCACGUACCCAAACUACUACUAUAUUGGUCUGGAGGCCAUAACUGUGGGCAAUAAUUCUAGUGUGGCCCAAGUAGUACCCUUGAGCAUGAGAGAAUUUGACUCACAAGGAAAUGGAGGUAUGUUGAUUGACUCAGGCACAACAUAUACUCAUUUACCUGAGCCAAUUUAUUCUCAACUUCUUUCCACACUCCAUUCAGUAAUAUCAUAUCCUAGAUCUCAAGAAAUGGAGAUCAAAUCUGGAUUUGAUCUCUGCUAUCAAAUCCCAUACACAAGUGAUCACAAUAAUAAUAAUGCUUCGACGACGUCGGGCGACUAUCCCGACUUUCUUCCCUUAAUCACAUUCCAUUUCUUGAACAAUGUAAGCCUUGUUUUGUCUGGAGGAAGUCAUUUUUAUGCCAUGGGGGCUCCGAGGAACUCCACAGUUGUGAAGUGCCUGUUGUUUCAGAGCAUGGACGACGGGGAUUAUGGGCCGGCCGGGGUCUUCGGGAGCUUCCAACAGCAGAAUGUGAAGGUUGUGUAUGACUUGGAGAAGGAGAGGAUUGGAUUUCAACCAAUGGAUUGCGCUUCUUCUGCAGCCUCUCAUGGACUCACUAGAAACCCUAAUUUUGUUGGUUAG